AUGAAGACGGGCACCUUUACAGGUUUUGAUCUGGACAUUCGCGAACCGGGUAUCGCCUGGUUUCAGUUUAACUCACCCGAGCGCCUGAACGGCAUGACAACCGGCAUCAAGCGCGACCUGAUCGAAGCGGUGACCCAGGCACAGAUGGACAACAACGUUCGGGUGCUUGUUUUCACGGGCACCGGCAGGGCAUUCUGCGCCGGCGACGACCUUAAAGCCUAUGGCGGUGUGGAUUUAGGUGGCGAAGCGCUGGUGGACCCCAUCCCCGGCGGCCAUGACAACGCACUGGGUACAUACAAUGGCUUACGCACUAUCUCUCAGGCACUGAAUACAGCGGUCAGAAACAUCGACAAGCUGACCAUCUGCGCGCUCAACGGCAUCGCCAUCCAAACCGGCUUUUCCCUGGCUCUGAGCUGUGACUUUCGUAUCGCGGCGGAUACCGCACGCAUGGGCAGCGCAACGUUGCGAUUUGGCCUGUUACCGGAUGAAGGAGGACAGCACUUGCUGGUACAGACGCUCGGGGUAGCAAAAACCCUGGACUUCAUCAUGCGCAAAAGAAUCAUAGAUGCCGCCGAGGCCCAUGAUCUGGGCCUGGUCCAUGAAGUGGUUGCAGCCAAAGACCUGGAGCAUCACACCAUGGCUCUGGCAAAAGAGCUGGCAGAAGGUCCGCAAGUAGCCAUGCGCUUAUUAAAACGCUCCAUCUACAACGCCGCGGAAUUAAGCUGGCCAGCGGCACUGGAUGAAAUUGCCGCUAAAACCGCCAUCACCGAUCACCAUCCGGAUGCAGCAGAAGGUGUGAAAGCUUUCAAUCAGAAGCGCACCCCUGAAUUUAAUGCCUGGUUGAACGGCAAGGAAGACAAAGGUGCAGAUGUCAAAAAUCCGCCUAAAGAGAUGUGGCAGGGUGUCCCGAGUGUGGGCGCCAUCAACAACAAGCCUAUCAUUGCCGCGGUCCAUGGCUGGUGCAUCGGGGGCGCUUACUGCAUUGUGCAGAUGUGUGACCUGGUGGUCGCCUCGGAAACUACCGUCUUCAAGUAUCCCGAAGCACAGCUGGGGUUUACCGGCGGUUUAAUUGCCAGCGCCGUGGCCAGAAUUCCACACAAAGUGGCCAUGGAAUUCAUGACCCUGGGUGAAGAUUUUGAUGCGCCGCGUGCGCAGGCUGUCGGCAUGGUCAACAAGGUGGUCCCUGCUGGUACGGAGCUGGCCGAAGCUUUAGCCUGGGCUGAGGUACUGGCUAAAUCUGCACCGCUAGUAUUGCAAACCGUUAAACAGUUUUCGCUGGCCACGUUGAACAAAAGCCCCGCAGAAGCCGCCGCCAUUGCACGCGACCAGCUGUUAACUGUGCGCAGCAGUGAAGAUGGUCAGGAAGGCGGACCCACUGCAGACGGUGAAUACAUCGACAUUGCGCCUAAGUCGGCGGAACAGAUUCAACUGGUGCUCGAUACACUCGACGAAACCAUCAACAAUGAAGUCGAAGGGCUGCCGCCCAUAGUGAUGAUGUUGCAUGGUGACGAAGCCCACCGCUUUCUCCGGCGUAACUACGCUGACAACAAAGCCAUGAUCGACCAGAGUGCAAAACUUGCCGCCUACAACGUGGUUAAAGUACAGAUCUGCGCCACCUGGUUGAAAUCGAACAACUACGAUAACAGCGACCUGUUCCCGUUUGUUUCUCCAGUGCCCUACGGCGCGGCAGAACUGGAACGCCUGGCCAGCGAAGAGGGUUACACUGAAUACAGCGUCAACCUUUAA